CAGAGAUCCCCGAUUUGUCCUCAUCCAGAGUUGUCCUCGUCCUGGCCUUGCCUUGCGAUGGGACACUGGAUGAAGCCUGGCCACCUGUCCCGAGGACCGGGGCAGGGUGCAGAGCGGGGGCGUCGAGACGGCGCUGCUCACCGGGGACAUUGAGGGCCUGUCCUACGGGGAGAUGCUCGAGCUCGAGUCGCGCAUGGGCGACGGCAAGCGGGCGAGGCGCCCAGCCCCGCGAGAGCUGGCUCGCGCCCGGGACCAGCGCACCACCGUGCACGUGUACCGCGGCGCCGGCGCGGGGCCGGAGGUGUCCGCGCCCUCCACCGCGCCGGCCGCGGCGGAGGAGAGAGGCGCUGCGCCAUCUGCUUGGAGGAGUUCGAGCCAGGGGCGACGCUGCGGUCCCUCUGGUGCGCCCACGCCUUCCACAAGAGCUGCGUCGACCGCUGGCUCGCGGACAGGGACGAGUGCCCCGUCUGCAGGGUGCCCCUGGACGCCGCUGGCUGAGCCUUCUCGCUGUCGCCGAAGAGGAACAAAUUAUACGAGCGCGUAAACGCGUAUGUCUCUGUUUAUAUAGUCGUGUGCUGAUCCAGGGCAAGCGCACGUGCAAGGCCAAGGUCAAGCCCGCGCGCCCGCGGGCGAGCUCAUCCUGGGCGCCGGGAAGGUGCUACAUAAGUCGGGCCUGUCCCUCUAGACGAGGAACGUUCAAACAUUUGUCAAACAAUACGAUUUCGUUUCAGGUCGUACGCAACGCAUUAGAUCCCCACAUUCAAGGUCGAAGAGCCUUCAUACCGUAUUACAGCCGAUGAGCACAGGGAAAGUGUUGCACAGGUUUAGCGGCAUGGCUGCCUAAGGAA